AUGAGUUUUAGAGGUAAUAGAGGUGGCCGUGGUGGCUUCAGAGGCGGUAGUGGCCGUGGUGGUUUUAGAGGUGGCAGAGCACCAAUCCAACAAGGCCCACCAGAAACUGUUUUAGAAAUGGGACAAUUCUUACAUCCAUGUGAGGGGGAUAUAGUUUGUCGCUCAAUAAAUACAAAAAUACCAUAUUUUAAUGCACCAAUAUAUUUGGAAAACAAAUCUCAAGUUGGAAAAAUUGACGAAAUCUUAGGCCCUAUAAAUGAUGUUUACUUUACAAUCAAGUGUUCAGAAGGUGUCCAAGCUACCAGUUUUAAAGAUGGUGAUAAAUUUUAUAUUUCCCCCGACAAACUAUUGCCUAUUGAAAGAUUUUUACCUAAACCUAAAGUUGCAGGGCCUCCAAAACCAAAAAAUAAGAGAAAGAGGAACGGCACUGCUCCAGGUGGCAGCUUCAGAGGCGGUUCAAGAGGUGGUAGUUUUAGAGGCGGUAGUUUUAGAGGCGGUUCAAGAGGCGGUUCAAGAGGUGGUAGUUUUAGAGGUGGUUCAAGAGGUGGUUCAAGAGGCGGUAGUUUUAGAGGUGGUUCAAGAGGUGGUUCAAGAGGUGGUAGUUUUAGAGGUGGUUCAAGAGGUGGUAGAAGAUUUUAA